AUGGCAAGCGAUGCACCUGAAAAUCCCGAACAGCGCCCUCCCACGCAAAACGGGCAGAGCGAGAACCGCGCCCCCGCCGACGCGCCAAACCCAGUCAAUCCGCCCGCGACCGUUGCCCCGGAAUCAAGACUGGCCUCGCGUAAGGACAUUUCGCUGCGCGAGUUUCUGCACAAGAUUGACGACUGCGCUCCCAUAAUUCCCGACGCAGUCACCCAUUACUACAUGACAAAGGCCGGGCUCCCGCCGCCGCCUCAGACAGAUGCCCGGCUGGCGCGGCUGCUGGCGCUCGCGACGCAAAAAUUCAUCGCCGACAUUGCCGCCGACGCGUACCAGUACAGCCGCAUCCGCGCCAGCAACACAAAUGCCAACAAUCCGAUGGGGUCCCUCGGCGCAGCGGCCGGAUUUCCCAUUCCCGGGCAGCAGGCCGGGCAGCCGGGAAACAAGGACCAGGGCAAGGGACCCCCGCUGGGCAUCCAGCGGCCCGGCUACGGAGGCGGCGGCCAGGGCGGCAGUCAAAACAGGACCGUGCUGACCAUGGAGGAUUUGGGCAUGGCCGUGGGCGAGUAUGGCGUCAAUGUCAAACGCAGCGAGUUUUACCGAUAA